UGUCUCCUUCGAGGUAAGGGACCUGGAAACCAAGAAGUGACUGGUCAUCCAAUCCAUAAAGCUAUGUUAACAGAUUGGAGCUGUUUGCAGACAAGGUUCCAAAGACAGCAGAAAACUUCCAUGCUCUGAGCACUGGGGAGAAAGGCUUUGGUUAUAAAGGCUCCUGCUUUCACAGAAUAAUUCCGGGAUUUAUGUGCCAGGGUGGUGACUUCACAUGCCAUAAUGGCACUGGUGGCAAGUCCAUCUAUGGGGAGAAAUUUGAUGAUGAGAAUUUCCUCCUGAAGCAUACGGGUCCUGGCAUCUUGUCCAUGGCAAAUGCUGGCCCCAACACAAACGGUUCCCAUUUUUUCAUCUGCACUGCCAAGACUGAGUGGUUGGAUGGCAAGCAUGUGGUCUUUGGCAAGGUGGAAGAGGGCAUGAAUAUUGUGGAAGCUAAGGAGCACUUUGGGUCCAGGAAUGGCAAGACCAGCAAGAAGAUCACCACUGCUGACUGUGGACAAAUCUAACAAUAAAUUUGACUUGUGUUUUAUCUUAAAAAA